AAAAGAAUAAAGCUUCCUGUUGGUUAAUUAUGAAACCUUGCACAACAAGUAGUUUUUCUACCGAGGCACAGGUUCUGAUUCUGUUCCAACUUACCAGGUCCUGCUUUCUCAGACUUACACAAACUAACUCAUAGCACAAGGAAUUCCCUCCUCAUUUCAGUUUUUUUCUACAUAAAGAUGGAUGAAGAACCCAUAAUUUAUAGUAUUACUACUCUAAACCAGGAUUUUCAGCAGAGGCAUACACCAAAAAAUAUUAAGCAUAAAUUGAAUCCAAAUGAAUUGCCAUUAACCAAGAAGAAGCUGAAACACCAGAAACCUUGUAAAAGACAGCACAAAAAUAUAGCAGAAGAUGUCAAUGAUGAAGGAGAUGUCUUGCCUCUUCCAUGGAGACUCAUUUCUAGCAUGCUGGGUGUCUUGUGCCUUCUCCUAAUGGCCACAGCCAUUGUCGUAGCUGUUGUUACUGCAAACUUGUCUUCCAAAAAACCACCUCUCAAAAUCCAGCAGAAAGAGAACCUGUGUCUUGGACCUCAGUGUCAUUCUUGUCCAGAGAAUUGGAUUUGGUUCAGAUGCAGCUGUUACUACUUUUCCAAGGAAGAGUUAACUUGGAGAGAGAGUCAAAGUGCCUGUUCAUCUCUAAAUUCCAGUCUCAUCAAGAUAAACAAGGAGGAGAUGCAUUUCUUCUCCUUAAAAACUUUCUUUUGGAUUGGAGUCUACUAUAAUGAAACUGGCAGGCACUGGCUGUGGGAAAAUGAUUCACUUCUGCCUUCUGAUAUGUUUUCUCUUUCUACACCUACAUUAAGACAAAACUGCCUAUCUUACAAAUCAAGAGAAGUUUAUUUAAGUGAAAGCUGUGGAAUUAAACAGACUUACAUUUGUGGGCAAGGUUUUAUAUUUGACAUCUGAGAGUUCCUUUGGCAGCCUUACUUUGACAGUCAUAUUUCCAGAAAUGAUGACUUCAUUUUCACCAUCUUCAUGGAUUUAUUUCAGUUGGGUUUUGGUGCAGUGUUAUCACAGAUUAGCACAAAGCAUAGGCCUCUGCAUCUGAUCUCAUAGGCUUCUACUACACACCAGACUUUUGAUUCUUAAAGUUGACCCCAUUGUUUCCUAUUGGAGGAGACCACAGAACACUGGGCAUUUCUCUCUAUCUACUCCUGGUAGAUUAAUUACAUCAGGUGUUUGACCCCUUCUUCGAGUUACCUGUGAUGCAUCACCGCUCUCAGCACUUUUCCAAACAAUAGUGUUACUAUUUCACUUUGCUCAACCAAUUCCAGCAACACGACUUUAAUCUGUACCAGGCCCUCAGUUUUUGAGAUUAUUUAUAGCCUGACAGUUGUGUUUGUUUUCGUAUGAAGCCACUCAAAAUGGCUAAUAUUUAAGGUGUUUAAUGGAGCGCCAUGACCCAUAUCAUUCUUGGGCAUCUAGUUGUUUUUGAAUUUUAGUAUGGCUUCCUCAAAAAUUUAUGAAAGAAACGAAAGAAAGACUCUACUUUCCUUUUUCUUAGUAAGUCAGUUUGAUCACUGAAUGAGGCUGUCCCCAGAAAGAUGCAUGCAUGUGGGUGUGUGUGUGUGUAUUUUCAACCAAAAAUAAAACAUAUAUAUAGUAGGGAUUUGGCAUCUAUAUAUAGUUCUAUUACUGGAAAAAAAAAUGUAGUUAGAACCAACUAGGUCCAAGAUAGUGGAAGAUUUAACUUUCAGUAGACCUUGAGCCUCUUUAUAUGCUCAUUAUAAUUCGUUAGCAUAAGCUAAAGGGCAUACCUACAGCCACCAUGACAGUUCUGAAGCUAACCAUAAAAGGGAACAAAGUGGGCACUGGACCAGUUCCUGGAAAUCCCUGCCCCUUCCCCAAAAUGUUGGAAAAAUUCCCCUAUUCAUUGUGUGUGAUUGGUCAUUCAGUUGUGUCUGACUCUUUAUGACCAUUUGGACUGUAGCCCACCAGGCUCCCCUGUCCAUGGGAUUUUUGAGGCAAGAAAACUGGAAAGGGUUGCUAUUUCCUCCUCCAGGGGGUCUUCCUGACAUAGGAUCAAACCCAGGUCUCUUGCUUUGCAGGCAUAUUCUUUAUCUGCUGAGCCAUCAGGGAAGCCCCGAAAUUACCCAGUCCAUAAAAAUGAAUCACCCCAUAUUUUGGGGCCUCUUGCCUUCUGAGAUGGCUGCACUCUGUCUGUGGAAUGCGUUUCUCUCUAAAUAAAUCUACUUCUUACCUUAAAAAAGAGAGAGAGAGAGAAAACAAGUAGUGUGACUGUAUCUUGUACUUACAAUCCCUGAACUGGUGCCAUCUUUAACCCUUUUUAUUAUCUGUUGGUUUUCUUAUUCAUCUCUUAAGGCUUUGUCUCGUGACAAACAUGGAUUUUAAAAUCUUAGUGCUUUAAAUUCUUAGCUUUCUAUAAUCUUCCUAAAACUUUCAUUUAAAUACAGAGGUUUUAUAGCUAGUUGCUAGGAAUGGAUUGCUUCCUUCCACAUGUUCUGUAAAUCAUGCCUGUCUCAUUCACUUAUUAUUUUAGGAAUUAUUUGUAUCAUGUUGGCAUAAUCUAGUUUUUUGUUUUGUUUAGCAUGAAUAUCUAUAUGUGUGUUCUUAUAACUUUCUUGUCCAGUUGCAAUUUAGUUCCCUAAGGGGGAAUAAUUCAAUUUUCAAAAAAUUUUAUUUUAUUUUUUAUAGAAGUGGAAAGUAUGCCAGGUAUUUGAGAGCUUUUCCUGAUAAUGCAUUUUCUUUCCCAUUAUUUUCUCCUAAAAAAUAUGCUACCCAAUGCACUCACUUGAAAAUAAAUCUCUGGGGAAUAAAUAUAUCAUUUAGAAUAUGAUUGUAACAUUUGCAUCAUCACAUAUAUGACUUGCAUUAAUGAUUUCUCCAUCCUCAUGUAAUUCUAACUUUCAUUAAAGACUUUUCCAGCCUCA